AAUCAUGUUCGUCGAUAUACCGGUAACGCGUUCUUUAUUAUAAUGAUUCUCAAUCUCUAAAUUAACAUUAGUUUAUAAAUGAUUUUAUAACAAUUUGAAAUAUAAUUAUAAUACUAAUAUAUACUAGUAAUAAUAAUAAUAAGAAGAAGAAGAAGAAAAAUAUAUUAAUUUUACUAAAAACUGUUAAGAAUUAUUUUCUUCUGAUGAAAUAUUUUUUUUUUUAAUACUUAUUUAAAAAUAUCGAAUUUUUAAGUCAUUUUUUAUAUUAUUAUCAAUAUGUUUUAAAAUAAAUAAUUUGAUAAGUAUAAUCUUUAUUGUUUUAAUUCUAUUUCAUUUUAAAAAUAUCGAACGAUAAAAAAUAUUACAAUUUAUAAAAUAUUUAUUAUAUGAUAGAAAUGAAUGUUUUUAAUAUAUAAUCUAUUAUAGAAUCAUAUUAAAAAAUUAUCUUUAUCAAUAUUUUAAUUUAUAUUUUUCUGUUUACAUGCAAAUCAAAAGAAAAUAUUUAAUAAUUUCUUAUAUUAAAUAAUAUUUAUUCGUUACCAAUCAUUUUAUGAAUAUAUACUUAAUUUAAAUGAUAAGUAAAGCAUAAUUUAUUGAUAAAUAAAGCAAAAUUAAGAAUAACAAAUUGUUACUUUAAUAUGUAAUAGAAAGUAAAUAUAUGAAAAUAAAGUUGAAUUUUAGAACUCAUUCUUUUAAAAAAAUUAUUUAAUAUAUUGUAUCGUUAUAGUACAUUUUUUAUUUUAUAAAACUUUGUUAAAGAAUAUAAGUAUUUAAUUACAUUGUUAAAAUAAUUAUAUAUUAUUUAUACGUUUAAUAGUAUUUUGGUCACAUUUUUAGUAAAUUUUAUCAUAUAUGAAUAAAUAAGAAUAUAUAUAAGCACAUAACAAAUUAUAUAACAAAUCUUGCUCUUGCUCGAAUACGAAAUCAAUAAACACGUGGUGGGGCACAUUCGGAAUCUUCGAGAAGAACAGGAAAGAUUGUUCGCUUUCAGCAUAUAAGUUGCACAACGUGCACAAGUACACAUUCUCCGUGGAUUAUUGAAGUUUGUAAUUUUAGAAACUAUGGCUGCAACUAAUGCCAUUAAGAGACUUAUACCUCUCUUCGAUAGAGUUCUUGUGCAAAGAGCUGAAGCUAUAACAAAAACAAAAGGUGGUAUUGUUUUACCAGAGAAAGCUCAAGCAAAAGUAUUGCAAGGUACUGUUGUAGCAAUUGGACCUGGACAAAGAAAUGAUAAAGGUGAACACAUUCCUUUAAGUAUCAAAGUUGGUGAUAUUGUGUUAUUACCAGAAUAUGGUGGAACUAAGGUAGAAUUUGAAGAUAAUAAAGAAUUUCAUUUAUUCCGUGAGUCAGAUAUACUGGCAAAAUUAGAAGUUUAAGUUUCUAUUAAAUUUAUGUUUGCAAUUGUUCAAAUACUAUAAAAUAUUUUAUAAGAAAUAUGUAAACAAUGAAACAGUAAAAUGUAAGUUAAUUUCAUGCAAACUUUAAUGUUCAUAAUUAUAUCAUACAAUACUAUUAUAUAUCUACUAUUUUAUGUGUCAUGAUUUCAUAGUUAUAAAAAAAAAGAAAAAAUAAAAUGUUCAUUGUGUUUAUAUACUA